CUGCAAUCUUUAGUCAAGUUGAAAACCGUAUAUGAAGAAAAUGACGAUCGACAUUCAGCAGCGUCAAUUAUGGCGCGACGUUAGCGUAUAUAUUAUUUGAAAAAAAAUGACAAUCAUCAUCUCUUAUCGAAAAUAAUUUUGUUUCAUUUGCUCCUGUACCACUACAUCCCGAUUAACAGCCCUCUUUUAUCAAUGCAUCAUUUGACUUUAUCACACUGGGAUUAUUGCAGUUGAAAUGGCUGUAUUUAUGCUAAAUAUUUGUAAAUUCAAUGGUUGUGGUCUUACGUUUAAAAGCUUAGGCGAUCUAAUACAACACAUCGAGGAAACUCAUAUUGAUUAUGACCCCCGAGUUGUUGAGCAAACUGAGCAACAGCAGCCGACUUGCAUACCUCUAAGUUAUGUAUUACGAUUCUUGACGGAUGCCGCACGAAAAGAGGGCGUCAAGCCCGUCCAUCAAUCCAGGUCAAAUCAAACCUGUCUUCCUUCCUCAACGCGCAACAAAAAUAAUACUCCUACCGGCAGUGAGGCAGAGGAGGGAGAGGACUUUGUUAGUGAGCCAGAAGACAGCAAUGACUCCUGGACUACUUCCUCGGAGUUCUCCGCUGACUUCAUCCUCCGUUAUGGCAGCAGGGCUGUGAGCCAAAAUACUGCGAAUCAGAACAACAAUACGGACAAGCCAUUUGCCUGCCCCGUACCUGGAUGUAAAAAACGCUACAAGAACAUCAAUGGUAUAAAGUACCAUUCUAAAAACGGGCAUAAAAAUGAUGGCAAGGUACGGAAGGCGUUUAAAUGUCCAUGUGGAAAGAGCUAUAAAACUUCGUAUGGCUUGAAGAACCAUGCAGCCAUACAACAUAGCAGUUCCCUACUGCAAGUGAAGAUACUGCCAAAUAAUAAAAUGGUCAUUAAAUUGGAAAGCGACUAUGACAGCAGUACCAGUUCUAUCAGCGACAGGCAUCCCCUUCAUUUAACGAAGCUAUCAAAAUGUAAGGUAUCAGCAAUCGAAGAUCACGGAUACAUAAAACAAGAACGGUCUGUUGUCUCAGAAACAGAUUGUGAAAGUGACCUUGGUAUUCUGACCCCUGCAUCGUCACCGCCACUACCUGUACAGACUUCCAUUAAGGCAGAGCCUGUACUGCAUCCUGUGCAUAAUGUACAGAAAUACCUUGCUAAUUUAAGCUCUAGUCAAAUAAAUUAUCCUAAUAUUACAGUAACAGCUAAUGAAUACUAGUCAAAAAGAUAUAAGAAAAAAAAAAUACUUCAAAUGAUGUAGUCAAAUGUUUCAUAUCGCUCAGGUUUUGAAAGUUGUAACAUAAUCUCAAUUUAAUUAUUCUUUAAAAAUGUGCGUGACUGUAUUACACUUGUAAGAUGCUUACAAUUCACAUAAGUAUUUUAGCUCCCCUAAGAUAUACUCUAACUCAUCUAGUGGGCGCGUCGACAUAGUACACUCUUCAUGCAUCAUAAUAUAUGCUCAGCGCUACGCCAAAGUCAUCAAGCGCCUACCUUUUCAACUUUCAUAAGUUUAGGGAAACUGUCAUAUCGGUGAAGUUCUCAUAGUUGAAAUAUUCUUUAAUUUUGGGUUUGCCGCUUGUUUUCAUGUUAUCUUCCCAUGUCCAUGCCUAAAACUUCUUGUGUUCUUUUAACUUUGUUUUCAUCAUACAUGAGUAACUGAAUUUCUUACAUAGCUUUGCAUAACACCUGUUUCUGUUGGCAGUAACUUUCUCCUUCUUGAUAUCACUGUUCGAUGAAGUCACAAGAUGUCCAAAUAUCAGCGUGAUGAUACAAAUUAUUUCCUUCCCUGCCAUUAUCACUGAAAUAACUUUUCUCUUAUCGCAUACCGAUGUCUUUAUAUCUUCUCUUUAUGCAUUAGGUUUAUGCAUUUGUUAUCAAAUAUGUUUUCCUAAUUGUCAUUUCUCACUUGUUCUUUUUCAUAGAUUUCAAAAGUUACAUACUCAUUUUUGUAUCAGGAAAUCGUUUCUUCAAACACAAGAGUCAAUAUUCAUUACCAGUUGUGUGAUCUAAAUCGCCAUUCUUCAAUAAAAAUUUCAUCACGAUGAGAUCAUUACAGUUAUAGAAAUUUUAUAUGAUUUGUUAACAAUUAUUUCGUACAAAACGUAUAAAUUACAUAACAUUCAUGUAACACUGACGUAACAACUUAAUGUAAAGAUGGGUGUUUGUUGAUACGCAAUUGUGGAAAGCGCACCAUAAUAUUAAUUUAAAACAUUUUCAACUCAUGCUGCAGGAUAAUAUUAAUAUCAUCAAUAAUGGUGUUCAAACCACUCACAACAGUAAAUAUUACACUGUUUGAGCCAUGUUAAGCCUUCUCUGUACUCACUAGCAAAUAAUUCGUUCACAGGAUUUUGACUUGACAAUGUAGAGGUCAAGAUAAGAGACAAAGUUUGGUUCUGACCCAUUUUUCAUGUAAUAACUCCGAUUUAAGUGGAAUCAAAAAAAUCACUAAGCAGUUAUAUGUCGUUGGACUUGUGACUUGUUAUAUUCUGCUAAAUUUUCUUAUGGUAUGAAAUUUGAAAAUAUUUUUCUCUCAUAGUCUUAUGUCCAUGGCAUUAAAAGAAUCGAAUUUUAGCAAUAACACGUUAAUAACACUUGUUGGCAAUAAAAAUUGAUAUUUUAAGACGUUGUGUGGUAUGAAUAGAUAUAAGUUUGACAAAUAUAUUCUAAGUGUAGAACAAAAUUGUUGGUGAAUCGAAUUUUUAAGUUUCACAUCAAUGCGAUAUCAUUACUUUUGCUUUGUUGGAAAAUGUAUG